UAUAUAACCUCUGCAGUUAAAUUAUAAUGCACACAGCUUAUAUCUGUUCUAGGUAAACAUCCUAUAUAGCCUUGGUACAUACAAUACAAAAAGAGGAUUUUAGUUUUUGGACCAGGGUAAUAGCUUCGUCUCUAAGGAAAAUGGUCAAGAAGUCGGUUGUUGCUGGAUUGGUGGUCUUGCUCGUGGUUGCCGUGGGAUUUUUCCUGGGAGUAUUUUUGGGGUUCAGGAAUAAACGACUUAUCAGUUCCUCCAAUCAUUUCUACACUAAAGCAGCCGUGGCGGCAGACGCCGGGAAGUGUUCGGAGAUUGGAAGGGAUAUUUUGAAGAGGAAUGGAUCAGCUGUCGACGCCUCUAUUGCUGCUCUGUUGUGUGUCGGGCUGUUCAAUGCGCAUAGCAUGGGUAUCGGAGGAGGGCUGUUCUUCACCAUAUAUAAUGCAUCAACAGGAAAAGUGGAAACGAUUGAUGCCAGAGAAACUGCUCCAAUGAAUGCUACAGAAAACAUGUUUGGUAAUAAUACCCAGCUGUCAAGGAAAGGAGGGUUGUCCAUAGCCAUACCAGGAGAAAUCCGCGGUUAUGAGAUGGCACACAAAAGACAUGGAAAGCUGCCAUGGAGGGAACUGUUUCAGCCCAGUAUAGAGUUGGCACGCAAUGGUUUUCCAGUUGGCGGGGCCUUGGCCAAAGCCAUUGCAAAGAACAAGGAAUCAAUUCUGAAUGAUGUUUCAUUUUGUGAAGUUUUUUGUGACAGAAACAAAAACCUUCUGAAGGAAAAUGAUAUUAUUCGUUUUUCCACACUGGCUGACACCUAUGAGAAGAUAGCAGAAGAAGGGCCGGAUGUGUUUUACAACGGGUCAAUGGCCCAGAAUAUAGUAGAGGAUAUCCAGGCCGCAGGUGGGAUCAUAACACUGGAGGACCUCAGGGAAUAUAAGCCAGUGUUAAACGAGAGCCCGUUAAAAUUAAAGGUGGGCGAGUACACCAUCCAUGUUCCUGACGCUCCAUCCAGUGGACCUGUACUCGGACUGAUUCUCAAUAUAGUGGAUGGCUACAACUUCUCUGACAGCAGUGUUUCCACAUCAGAGAAGAAAACUUUGACGUACCAUCGUAUCGUAGAGGCGUUUCGCUUCGCAUACGCCAAGAGAAGUAGACUUGGAGACCCACGUUACCUCAACAUCACUGACCUCAUCCAAAACAUGACCUCCGACUACUUUGCAGACAACAUCAGGAGUAAGAUCUCAGAUGACACCACUCAUCAAGACAGCUACUAUGAUCCGGAGUACUUUGUACCUGAUGACCAUGGCACGGCUCAUCUGUCAGUCAUCGCGGAGGACGGGAGCGCAGUGGCGGCCACCAGCACCAUUAACCUGUAUUUUGGCUCUAAGGUGAUGUCACACUCAACCGGCAUUAUCUUUAAUGAUGAGAUGGACGACUUCAGUUCACCUUAUAUUACCAAUGGCUUCGGGGUUCCUCCUUCACCCAACAACUUCAUUCAGCCAGGUAAAAGACCCCUUUCCUCAAUGUGUCCCACUAUAAUAUUUGACAAAAACAACAGAGUCAAAAUGGUGGUUGGGGCUUCAGGUGGGACAAAAAUCACGACAGCCACAGCACUGGUGAUUCUAAACUCGCUCUUCUUUAACUAUGAUCUGAAGAAAGCCAUCACAGAGCCCAGAGUUCACAAUCAACUUAACCCCAACAUGACCGUGGUGGAGCAGAACUUUGAGCAGAGCAUUCUUGACGGUUUGGUUCAAAAGAAUCACAUUACACAACUGGAGAUGACCCCAGGAGCAGUAGUCCAGGCAGUCGUGCGUCAAGGGGACAAAAUCUGUGCUGAAUGUGACCCCAGAAAAGGUGGCUAUCCUGCAGGAUACUGAACACAAUGCAUCUUGUUAUUUGUGGACUUUUAGUGACUCAGUGAAGAGCCAGGAUCAUCCAAUGUAUAUUUAAGGAAAAUACAACAUUAAAGGGACAGUUCACCAAAAAUUAAGAAUCACUUCUUCCCCCAUCCUAUUACAAACUGUGCGCACAAAAAAAAUUAUACAAGAAAAUGUUUUAGAUAUUAUAAGAAUGGCCACGCAAUGAAAGUGAAUGGGGUCCAAAACUUCUAUACACCAAAAAUGACAAAAUAGUAGUAUAAAAAUAAUCAACAACAAUUUUGUAUAAUAAAUAGGACUGAAUUUGUUUCAAUAUCAACGUUUAACUUUAAAGGUGCAGUGUGUAAUUUUUUAAAGGAUCUCUUGAAAGAAAUGCAAAAUAAUAUACAAAACUAUAUUUUCAGGGGUGUAUAAAGACCUUUUUAUAAUGAACCGUUAUGUGUUUAUUGUUUUAGAAUGAGACGUUUUUAUCUACAUACACAGAGAGUCCCCUUACAUGGAAGCUGCCAUUUUGUGCCGCCAUGUUUCUACAGAAGCCCAUAAUGGACAAACAUUUUUACUAAGCUCGGUGGCGGCUACCAUAGUUUCUCUAUGCGUUUCAAAAGCGAGGGGUAGCAGUGGACUGAGCCGUUGGUUGCAAUUCGCAACCUCACCACUAGAUACCGCUAAGUUUUUCACACUGCGCCUUUAAAGUAAAAAGUGUUGAGAUCAAAAAGGGUGACACACUGAUCAACAACAAACCUCAUUGGUUGUUGCUUGUUUGAGUCAAGUUUGGAUACGCAUAAAGGAGAGCUAAUGAUAAAACAAAUUUCAAUUUUGGGGGUGAACUAUUUAUUUAAUGCUGCAAUUUAAACUUUUGCCUCUCUGUUUGAAACAUAAAAUUGCAAUUUACUUGCAGAAUCAUUUCUUCAUUGUGGGUUGAAAAUUACAGUAAAGUCAAACUGUUAUAAAUCAUUAUUAUAAGCUGAAUUGUGUAAGGAGUCAUGAGCAUGCUUGCUCAAUAACAAAUUUUUGUUUAUUUAUAACAAAACGUUAUUGAUUACAGCUUUAAAGAAAAACGCCACCGUUCCUUAAAUAUUUUACUAUGUUCUUACCUCAACUUAA